AUGGAAAAAUAUCCGCUUGCCAAAGAACUUAUUGGGAAAUUUUGGCUAAAUGAUGCUCAAAUGGCACAGCUCGAGGAGGAGCUCAAGAAGAGACAGGAAUUGAACGCCGAAGAGCAGCUUAUAGAGCCGCAGUUGGAGCAGAUGCUUUUUGACCUGAUGUUGGCCAAACAGUGUGCCUUGGAAGCGAAGGAUAACUGUGCCAGCCUGGCACAGGCCAACACCAUAAUGCAGGACUGUAUAUUCCAGAUUCUGCAAAUUGAGGAAUUGCUCGGAAUGACCGACCUGCAGGACAUCCUCUAUCGCACGGUGCAUUGCAUGGAGCAAGAGCUCCAGAACCAAAUGAAGAUGGAUGAGGAUUUGGCCGAGCACGAGGAUCAUCAGAACACCAUCCUCGAAUCGCGCAGUAUCGUCCAGGAAUUCCGCAAACAACAAGCCUCAAAAGAAGAGGCCGAGAAGGAACUAGCCUCAGUGGAGGAACUACUGGGCCAGUCGGAUCGCCAGUGGACAAUUAUGCUGAGGAGUAUGACGGAUAAUCGUAACAAGAAGAUAGUCAGUAUUUUACAGAUGAGCAAGCUGAUAGAUGAAUUGGAGGAACAGUGGAAUAACACGAAUUUUAUUAAGACGGAUGUCACUGGAGGGCAUAUCGACAUAAAUGAAGAUCGUCAGCCAAAGAUCGCUAGUCUUCCAUUCGAUGUUUCAAACAAUACUUCACCAUUUCAGUCUGCAUCGGAUUUCCUCAAAAACUAUAUCAUUCAGUAUAUUAGACCAGAUGACAAUGAAGUCAGGACGAAGAAGCUGGAGACUCCGUUGCGAUCCAUUUUAGCCAAUCGCAGGGAAGACGAAUAUGUUGCAACAAAGCAAGUGCGAUUUUCUCCCUAUCUAAAGAUAAACCAUAUUGAAAAGGAGAAAUCCGAGAUUCAGGAUUGGCUUUCUCAUUCAGGAGAGACAGAUGACCAAAAUGGGGAAUUAGAAGAGGACGCCGAAGAAAUAGAGGCCACAGACGAUAAUUCCGAGGAAGUAUCAGAAGAAGAAUUGGCGAAAGCAUCUGGAGACGAGUUAGAGGAAGCUUCAGACGAGGUAUUAAAUGACGAAAUGGAGGCAGAAGAUGAAGGAUAUGAGGAGAAAGUACAAAUAGAAAUGUCCGAGAAGGUUUUGGAUCCAGAACAGGACGGAUAUGAUGAGAAAUCUGGAUCAGAAAUGGAGGCAUCCGUAUCGGACUACAAGGAAUCUGGAGGAGAGGCAUCAGGAGAGGAGGAGCCGGAUGAUGUGGGCAAGCAAGUGAACAGCGGCGAGAAAACAAAGCCAGAUGAGCAGAAAUCUAAUGAAAUUUCGGAUAAACCCGAAAUUAUUAGAGUCGAUAUUCUCUCACCCAUGAAAAACAUAUCUUCCUGGGUGAUCGACAAUAUACCCACCACCUCCACAGGCACUCUCAACAGCUAUACUGCAAGCCAGUUGUUGAACUAUGGUAUUUAUUUUAAUGAGCCACCGCCUAGCAAGCGACUGAAACUGGAUGAGGAUGAAUUCCCAAUGGCCCAACCUAUGCCGGAGUUCCUCAAUAAUCCGACGCCUACAUACAACAACGUUGAUGAUCAAUCACUACUAUUCAGCUCUCCCCAUAACAAUUUUGACGAUGACUACCUUCUGAACUUCAGCGAUGAUAAUGAUCCUACACCUGCUGGCUCUUCAUACAUACUUUAAAUUAUAAA